CUCCACCGAGUUCCUCUUCUCUCUCCAUCCUCUAUUUUUCUCUCUCUCUAAAACCUCACGCGAGAGAAACUCGAAGGGGAAACAAAGAUCUAUGAAUCGAAGCGGUGAUCGAGGGAGAUGGGUGGGGUGACAUCGUCGAUAGCAGCGAAGUUCGCGUUCUUCCCUCCGACCCCUCCGUCGUACCAUGUGGUUACCGAUGAGCAAAGCGGGAAGCUGGUAAUUCCGGAGAUCUCGUCAGUGAUUGUGAGGAAGGUGGACGGAAUUGAGGUGCUGAGGCUACCGACACGCCGGGGGAGCGAGAUCAUUGCGGUAUAUUUAAAGAACAAUAGGGCUAAGGGUACGUUGCUCUACUCUCAUGGCAACGCUGCGGAUAUCGGCCAGAUGUUUGACCUCUUCAUUGAGCUUAGUGCACACCUCCGUGUUAAUAUCAUGGCGUAUGACUAUUCUGGAUACGGGCAAUCUACUGGCAAGCCCAGUGAGUAUAACACAUAUGCAGACAUAGAAGCAGUAUAUGAUUGUGUGAAGACACAAUAUGCUGCAAAAGAUGAGGAUCUAAUUCUAUAUGGCCAAUCUGUCGGUAGUGGUCCAACUGUUGACCUUGCCUCGCGUCUUCCGAACUUAAGAGCUGUGGUUCUGCAUAGUGGCAUCCUUUCUGGUCUCCGAGUGCUAAGUCCUGUCAAACGCUCAUAUUGGUUUGACAUUUAUAAGAAUGUCGACAAAAUUGGCUUGGUGAACUGUCCUGUUCUGGUUAUUCAUGGUACAGCAGAUGACGUUGUUGAUUGCUCCCAUGGGAAGCAACUUUGGGAGCUUUGCAAAGAAAAAUAUGAGCCACUCUGGCUUAAAGGUGCUGGCCAUUGCAACGUCGAACUUUACCCUGAGUACAUAAGACAUCUGAAGAAAUUUGUGUCGACUGUCAGUCACUGGAAUACCGGAAGAACCCGCAUGGGUACAACACAGGCUAACAUCAAUGAUCAAAGUCAACAGACUGCGUUUUGGACUUCAGCUUAUACAAAUGCAGACAGUGACAUUCCUGAAUCAUCAUCAGCAACAAGUUUUGGCAACCAGCUUAGAAAGUUCAGUGAUGAAUGAUCGUUGAUCUUAUUGACGUAAACAAGAGAAGAAAAUCUUCAUGAAUAAAUGGUAUGUAGCUUAGGAGCCAAAUUAUAUACCAUCUUGUGUAUAUUUUCUUAUACCAGUCCUAUUGCAUAAAGCGGAUUAGCGGUCUGAGUCAAGUCAAUCACUCAGGUUGUUGAUUGCUCCAUGUUGUAUGUUCAAAAAAUUGGAAACUGAAAGAUGGUUCAUGUGCUUUUGUUGCCUGAAAAAUUGAAAGAAUAUGUUUUCAUGAA